AUCUUCCUCCACGCCCUGCGGUCCACCACAGGAUAACUCUGUCAUAACAUCGCCAAUUACAAAACACCAUGUGUCCCAAAAAGAUUCACUGGACAAAUACACGUGUUUCCUGUGUGUCUUGGAUUUUUGUUUCUCCGCGAGAACACCCUCGAACCUGUCUUCUUCUCCGAAUGACCUAAUGGAAGAGACCAAAGGAAGAGUUUGUGUUACAGGUGGUACUGGCUUUAUUGGCUCCUGGAUCAUCAAGAGGCUUCUUGAGGAUGGUUACUCUGUUAACACUACCAUUAGAUCUCACCCAGAACACAAGAAAGAUGUGAGCUUCCUCACAAAUUUGCCAGGAGCUUCUCAGAGGCUACAAAUUCUGAAGGCAGACCUAAGCGACCCAGAAAGUUUCAAGGAGGCCAUUGAAGGGUGCGUUGGAGUAUUCCACGUGGCUACUCCAGUAGAUUUUGAGGAAAAGGAACCUGAGGAGAUUGUGACCAAGAGAUCCAUUGAUGGGGCAUUGGGAAUUGUUCAAGCAUGCCUCAGUAUAAAAACUGUAAAGAGAGUUGUUUACACUUCCAGUGCCUCGGCUGUUUCUUAUGCUGGCAAAGAAGAUGAAGUAAAGGAUGAGAGCUUAUGGAGUGACGUGGAUUUACUUAGAACUUCAAAGACAUUCGGAUGGUCCUAUGCAGUUUCUAAGACAUUGACAGAGAAAGCUGUGCUUGAAUUUGGAGAACAAAAUGGAUUAGAUGUUGUCACUGUGAUUCCCACCUUUGUUGUUGGACCAUUCAUUUGUCCUAAGCUUCCUGGCUCUGUUGGUUCAACGCUCUAUUUUUUAUUCGGUAAGAAGGACCCAUUUUGUUAUCUGCAAACACCCAUGGUUCAUGUUGAUGACGUAGCAAGAGCUCACAUAUUUCUGCUUGAACAUCCCAAUCCCAAAGGGAGAUAUAAUUGUUCUGCAUGUUUGGCAACCAUUGAAAAAGUGUCUGAAAUUGUGUCUGCUAAAUACCCAGAAUUUCAAAUGCCAACCAAAGAUUCCAUAAAAGUAGGCACUGGCUCAAAAUUUCCAGAUCUGUCAUCUAAGAAGCUCAUAGAUGCUGGAUUCGAGUACAAGUAUGGACUUGAGCAAAUGUUGGUGGAUGCAAUUGAAUGUUGUAAGGAAAAGGGUUAUCUGUAGUUAUGGUAUAUUGCGUUAUCAGAUUAUCCUCUCAAAAUAUGGUAUGUAAGGUGCUUAAUAGUAAUAUGACAUGUAUGUGCGUGCGCGGUUAUAAGUUAAAUUGUAUGACAAAUCAUAGUUUAGUAUAUCUCUUAUGAACUUGACAGCUAUGUAUAUGAAAUGUUGUUUCUACAGAAUGAGGGCAUGAUUUGUGUGUGUUACUGAUAGGCUGGCCCUGAAGGUGUUUGUACAGAAAAAAGUUAGAUUACUCAAUGAAAAAGCCUUUCAGAUCAA